CAUUCGCUUUCAGUGGCGUUCGGUUCGCUUCAGUCGCAAUUACUCCGAGGUAGGCCUAGUUCGUCGGUCGCAUURGUUCUUGUUUUUGUCGUUGUUGUAGACGCGUGUGGCGUCAAUGUUAUUGCCGAGAAAAAAUUCAGCGUGCUAAAAUAGAACUGCAAGGGAAGUUUAAACUCAAACAAGUGCAAAAUUCUAUUAAAACAAAACAACAACUAAAGACUUAGAAGUAGAACAGUGUAAAGCAAAGUCGAACAAAAAAGUGCGGAGCGACAUAAUCGCCUGCACCACAGAGUGCGCGCACAGCACAAUAAUUAGAGAGCGGGCGCAGCCUGCGGCUCCUCUGAGCUCAUUAAAAAUUAAACAAAGCCGCAGCACGAGAACAAGAAAAACUUUUGAGUGAAAAAUAGCAAAUAGCAAAGCGUUCGGCGUAAAAAAUAAAUAAAAUUAAAGUGCGACGGCAGUUUAGGCCAAAGGCAAACAACACACACACACACACAACAAUACUAUGCGCCUAUUAAAAGUGCCACAAACGGCAGACAAUGCGGCUGGGGCUGGAGCGCAGCUGGCGCGUGACAUCAUUAUGGCGGGUCCAGCGGAACAGCAAGAGCCGCAGACACAACAGCACCCGUAUCACAACAUCAGCGCCAUGCAUAUCGUGGAUGUGCAACAACUGAAAAUGGCCAAAAGCAUUGCGGCCAACAACAAAAGCGGCGCAACAACAACAACGGCGAGCAACAGCAGUCGUCGACGCAAACAGAAUAAAACAAAACACGCGCAACAUUUGCAAAACGCCACUGCCAUUGUUGGGCAGGACAACAAUUACAAUCACAACACUAAUGAGCAGCAUGAAGACAACAAUACCAGCACCGGCUUGUUUGCAAAAUCAAGGUCGCUCGAACGUUAUACCAAGCCGCCGCAUGCCACAUUGCUGGCGCUGGAACAAGGCGCAGCGCUCACACCGAAUCUGAAUGUCUCACCACGCCGCCGUUUUCUCUCACCAUUCAAAUCGUUGAAGCGUCGCAGUCGUAGCAGCAGCAGUAGCGGUGGCGGCAGCAGUCGUUGUGACUCACGCGACGUCGCCGUAGCCGCUAUGCUGGCGCUGCAGCGCGAGCCAACGCAAGAGGUGCGCGUCGAGCAAUUCAGCACAGCGCAGAGCAUGUUGCAGCAACAUGUGGCUAAGCGCGCGCAACACUUGCACUCGGCGAGUUCGCAGAGUGGCGACAGCGGCACGGGCGGCACAGAACUCGAGAUGGAGUUGCAAGACUGCAGUCGCGCUUCUGCGGCGGCGAGUAGUCAGCUGAGUCUAAGUUUCUCGCAGCUGAGCAGCGGCGCUGACGGUGACGGCGAAGUGGACGAUGACAGCAGCAGCGACGCGCCGCGAGUUGAGGUUGCUGUGCAACGCGCUGUGUCAACGCCGUUGCAAUCGCCCCCUGGUAGUCGAAGCGGCGCGUCUGCCGGCGAAAGCAUAAAUAUUGUUGAAACGAAAGCGCUGUGCGUUGACGCUGCGCCGUCUCAAGUGUUGGCGGAGAAACAAAUGGUCGGUGCUGUUGUUGACGCCGACGUUGACGUUGAUGAGGCGCACAAUUUCGCCGUGACUGUGGACGAUUUGGAUGCUUCGUUUGCCGAGGAGUCACUCUAUACGAUCGGCAAUAUAACGCUCGUCGAUGACACAUACUCAAAUUAUGAUCCGAAGAAUGACGCCGAGCGUAUGUUCCUGCAGGUGGUUGGCAUAUUGCGCGAUGAGAACGAGAAAAUGCGUCAAUUCCAAAAGACGCUGGAGGAUUUGAGUUCACGCGUCGCCUCGGCCGAAGCCACGAAAGUAUCAUGGUUGCCACCCGUCUCCGCACAGGAGGCCACCGAGCAAAUGCAACAUUUGCAACGUUUGCGCGACAAAAUGACCACCGCCGGUGCGCUGUUGGAUGAUUGCAACGAGCAGCAGGCAUUCUUCACCGCCAAUCAGGUGUUGGUGCCCGCCAUGUGCCUAUCACGGCUGGAAGAUUUGAACACAAGAAUGAAACUUCUACAAAUUGCAAUGGAUGAACGGCAAAAGAUACUUUGCAACGCUGGUGCUAAUCAAGCUUUGGAAAAUGGCGAAGAUGGACGUACAACAUCGAAUAGUGGCACAAUUGGGCCAUUACCUAACCUAGGUCAAAGCGUAAAGCCACCCUGGGAACGCGCAACGACAGCAGCCAAUGUGCCUUACUACAUUGAUCACGAGCGCGAAACCACUCACUGGGAUCAUCCAGAAAUGAUUGAAUUGAUGAAAAGUUUGGCUGACCUUAAUGAAAUCCGUUUCUCCGCCUAUCGCACAGCAAUGAAAUUACGUGCCGUGCAAAAGCGUUUGGCGCUGGAUCGCAUUCCCAUGUCCACUGCCAUCGAAUCGUUCGAUCGUCAUGCGUUGCGCGCACAAAACGACAAACUCAUCGAUAUACCCGACAUGACGACCGUCUUGCAUUCGCUCUAUGUGACAAUCGAUAAAAUUGACUUGACUUUAAUGUUGGAUUUGGCCAUAAACUGGAUACUAAAUGUUUACGACUCGCAGCGCACCGGACAGAUACGUGUGCUGAGCUUUAAGGUUGGCUUGAUUUUGCUCUGCAAGGGUCAUCUCGAGGAGAAAUAUCGCUACUUAUUCCGUUUGAUUGCCGACCCGGAGCGCAAAGUCGACCAAAGAAAAUUGGGCUUGCUGCUGCAUGACUGCAUACAGGUUCCACGCCAGCUGGGCGAAGUGGCCGCUUUCGGUGGUUCCAAUAUCGAGCCUUCGGUGCGCUCAUGCCUCGAACGCGCUGGCAUCUCGCAGGAAGCCAUUGACGCCAAUCAGGAAAUUGCCAUUGAACAAUCACACUUCCUCGGCUGGUUGCAACACGAGCCGCAGAGUUUAGUAUGGAUGCCGGUGUUGCAUCGUCUAGCGGCUGCCGAAACGGCCAAACAUCAGGCAAAAUGUAACAUUUGUAAGGAGUAUCCGAUAAUUGGAUUCCGUUAUCGCUGCCUCAAGUGCUUCAAUUUCGAUAUGUGCCAAAAGUGUUUCUUCUUCGGACGUAACGCCAAAAAUCACAAAUUGAGUCAUCCAAUGCACGAGUAUUGCACAACGACCACCUCAACAGAAGACGUUCGCGAUUUCACACGCGCUUUGAAGAACAAAUUCAAGAGUCGCAAAUACUUCAAAAAGCAUCCACGUGUCGGCUAUUUGCCGGUACAAAGCGUGCUCGAGGGUGAUGCAUUAGAGAGUCCCGCACCAAGCCCACAACACACCACACACACGCUGCAAAAUGAUAUGCACUCACGGCUCGAAAUGUACGCUUCCCGUUUGGCGCAAGUUGAAUAUUGUACCGGUUCAAAUUCAACGCCCGACAGCGACGACGAACAUCAACUGAUCGCCCAGUACUGUCAGGCAUUGCCCACAAAUAACGGUAGCGGCCCCAAAUCGCCAGUUCAAGUAAUGGCAGCCAUGGAUGCAGAGCAACGUGAAGAGCUGGAAGCGAUUAUACGCGACCUGGAGGAGGAGAACGCCAAUUUACAAGCGGAAUAUCAGCAGUUGUGCAGCAAACAAAAUAGCACCACACCCGACGCGGAUGGUGGCAUGCAGCACUCAACGUCCGCCAUGGGGGGCCUGGCUGCUGGAGCUAAUGCCGGAGGUCAAGGUGAACAUGGGCAGGAUAUGAUUGCCGAGGCGAAGCUGCUACGCCAACAUAAGGGUCGACUUGAGGCACGUAUGCAAAUACUGGAAGAUCACAAUCGCCAACUGGAAGCACAAUUGCAACGACUGCGCCAAUUGUUAGACGAGCCGAAUAGUGGCGCUGUGAGUGCCGCCGGCUCUGCGCUGAAUUCCAAGCCGAACACGUUGCAAACACGCUCCGUGACUGCAUCUCAGCUGAAUACCGACUCGCCGGCGAAAAUGAAUCAACAAAAUGGCCAUUAUGAGCAAAGCACAAAGGGCAUGAUGCUACCCGGCAUGGGCAUGGUCAAUGUGGGCAAUGCCGCUACGGCUGGUGCUGGUGGCGCUGGGGAACAUAUGGGCGUUGGCAAACAUCCGCUCGGCCCUGGGCUUGUGGCGCUACAGCAACGCGCUGCAAUGAAUGCUGCUGGCGGUGGCGGCGGUGGCAUGGGUAUGGUUGGCGGUAUGGGUCACCUGGGUGGCAUUGCAGGCGCAACAGGCAACGGAGGCAUCGAUAUGGGUGGCGUUUGCCAUGCGCCCGGUCAAGGCUACAUGCUGGACGACGGACGCCCACCGCCGCCACCACACUCGAGUCUACUACACACUAUGCCUGCCGCUGAAAUAGGACGCGCCGUAGAGGAGCUGGUUACAGUCAUAACCGAGGAGAUGAUCGAACAAACGCAGAGUCAAGAAAACGAUCGCGACGCCUUGGACGAUGAGGAUGAGGACAGUGAAAGUGUGUCCACAGCGAUAACUGCUAAAACAAUCAUAAAACCAUUAACGGCAACAACGAAAACCAAAACCAACGUAACAACCACCAAUAGCACAACUGCAACGAUACUAAACUAGGGCAAGAGCUAACGGAAAACUAAAAUGUAAAGCGAUAUAAAUGAUGUAUGAUUAACAGUUAACGUGAGAGUGAAAAAAAUUUGGUAAAAGUGAGUGAGAAAAUUGUGUGAAGCGUAAAGGAGAUGAAGGUAGACGUAAAAACUGAAGCAGCACAAAGGGGAAGAGUCAGUCAAAAAAUGCUGAAAACAAUUUAAGAACGGAUCCGGAACUCACGGUAGCUGGGAGAAACGGAGACCCCGAUCGGUUCAUAUCUAAAUAUACAUUUGCGUAAUAUUGAUAUAUAUCAUUGCAAUGAAGCUAACUUCUUGCUUAGUGUAAAACAAAAAUAUUGAGAAAAACGCAAUUGUUUAAAUAAAUAUAAUUAAACUUAGUUACAAAUACAUACAUAUAUAUAUAUACUUAAUAUGAUAUACAUACAUAUGAAUUUAGCGAAAAAACGGAGAAUCAGUUAUCAAAUGCAUACAUAUAUACAAAUUAAAAGCUUCGAAUUCGAAGCAGUAAUCGAAAAAAGCAAAUUUGCGGCAAAUUUUAAUUGAUUUUAAGUAAGCUCGUUAAUUAACAUAAUCGAAUUAUGCUGCUGAUUAAUUAAUAACAAUGAUUGAUUAACUACAAUGAAAGCUAAGAAAAAGCUCCACGCAAAAACGGCGAUUGUUCGCUGUAGAACUUGCUGCAGUGAAAAAGCGCUGAAGCAGAGCAUAAAGCGAAGCAUGUAAAUUAAAAUUAAGCAAAUUUAAAG